AUGGACCUCCUCAUGUCCCUGCCCAUUAUUUCGUACUUUCUCGCGCCGUCCGUAACUUCAUGGUCAACCUCCCUCAACCUACUUUUCUUCUACAUGACCUGGACAACCCUCGUUCUAUCGCACAGCGCCCUCAAGAUUGAGCUCAUGGGCACCUUGGCUUUGCGCCUCGUCUUCUGGCUCCUCCCCUCGCUAGUAUUCCUCCUCUUCGACACGCUCAUCCCUACCCUUGCCGAGUCGCUCAAGUAUGGGGGCACCUCUGCUCUCCCCCCGACGGACCCGGUCUUCUUGGCGCGCACUCUCGGCCUGUCCGUUGUCAACCUUGCCCUUGCCGUGGGCCUUGAAGCAGGCAUCAGCAUUGCCUGGACCACCGCCUUUCAGACACCCAUUUUCACAACCUCGACCACCCUGCCGUUCCCAUGGCAGCUCGUCAAACACAUCACCAUUUUGCUCGCAGUCCGUGAGUUCAUCACGUACUAUCUGCACGCCAGGGUCCUCCACGCGCCUUCGCGCGGCCGCAACUCGUUGGCCGCCCUCCACAAGAAGCACGCCCACCACCGCAGCGCGCCGCCAUUCUCUCUGCUCCUCUUUGCCGACCACCCCCUCCCCUUUCUCGUCCACCGUGUGCUGCCUCUCUACCUCCCAUCUCUGGUGCUGAGGCCCCAUCUCCUGACCUACUUCCUUUUUGUCGGCCUCUGCACGCUCGAGGAGACGCUGGCAACAAGUGGGUACUCGACGGUCCCGGGGAUCAUGAUGGGCGGCAUCACACGGCGCACGGCUGGUCACUACGCCGGCGGGGGGCGCGGCAAUUACGGCGCGUGGGGCUUACUGGACUGGGCUCACGGCACGAGCGUGGGCAGAAACGUGAUUGAGGAUGCCAAAGACGAGGCUGAGAAGCACGCUGUCAAGGAGCGUGGCGAGAAGGCUGCGGGCGACGGCCUCGCGGCUGUGCGAUCCGGUAUUGAUGGGCUCCGCAAGGGGAGUAGGAGAAGGGCAAAGAGUGGUGACGAGGAGUGA